CAAGGCGGCUAUAUUAAACUCAAGGCCAAUGCAACGAUUGGAUGAUUCCGAGCUAUCAAAACCUCCAUCGGAGGUUUUGGAGAUCAUUUGCAAACUAGGAAAAGGUUCUUAUGGUAGUGUUUACAAAGCUCGAUAUAAAGCAAACGGUGGGAUAGUUGCUGUGAAAAAGGUACCUGUUGACAGUGAUUUAGCUGAUAUAGUAAAAGAAAUAUCAAUUAUGCAACAAUGUGAUAGUCCAUUUAUUGUAAAAUGUUAUGGGAGUUUAUUUGAUAGUCAAGAUUUAUGGAUAUGUAUGGAAUAUUGUGGUGCUGGUUCCAUAGCUGAUAUUAUGCGUUUAAGAGGUAAAGCAAUAGGUGAAGAAGAAAUUGCUACUGUACUACAUUAUAGUCUAUGUGGAUUAGAUUAUUUACAUCAGAUGCGAAAAAUUCAUCGAGAUAUCAAAGCGGGCAAUAUAUUACUACUGAAUUCAGGUGCUGCUAAAUUAGCGGACUUUGGUGUGGCAGGUCAAUUAUCUGAUACACUGGCCAAACGUAAUACAGUUAUCGGAACACCUUAUUGGAUGGCUCCUGAAGUUAUUCAAGAGAUUGGUUAUAAUUGUUCAGCAGAUAUAUGGUCAUUAGGUAUCACUGCUAUUGAAAUGGCCGAUGGUAAACCACCGUUAGCUGAUAUUCAUCCUAUGCGUGCAUUGUUUAUGAUACCAAGUCAACCGGCUCCAGCAUUACGUAGACCUAGUAAUUGGUCAUUAGAAUUUCGUGCAUUUAUUGCAGCGUGUUUAGCAAAAUCCCCAGAAGCUCGUCCUACAGCAGCAGCUUUAUUACAAACAGAAUUUAUUCGUAAUGCUAAACCUUGUUCAAUAUUAUUGCAACUAAUCAAUGAAGCCAAUGAAGCAAGAGAACGGCGUCUUUUACAGCAACAACAACAACAACAGCAACAGCAACAACAGCAAACAUCCGCACCGGACACCCCGAUUUCCGAUAUGAAACGACGUCAUUCAGUGAUGAAUAAAAUUGAUGAAAAUCAAAAUAAAUCUAAACAAAAUCAAUUAUUAUCUCAAGAUGAUACGGAUGAUAAUUUACAUACAAUGGUUCGUUCAAAUUCAAUAUCUAGUCGAAUUGUGAAUAACAAUAAUAAUAAUCAUGAAUUUGGUUUGGAUAUUGACGGUGCAGCGACUUUAGUUUCAUUAUGCUCAAAUGAAGAUCGCCCACAUCGUCCUAGUAAUAAUAAUAAUAAUAACAAUCCUAAUAAUGAGAGUUAUGAUAAUGACCACGGCGAUGAUGAGGAUGAUAAUGGUAGUUUUAUACGUCAUCACGAUGAUGAUGAUGACGAUGAUGAUCGGACCAAUGUGAACAAUGUUUAUAAUUCUUCUGGUAAUCUUGACACAAUGGUUGUUAAUGAUAGUGGAGAAAGUGAAGAAGAAGAAGAUAGCGGUUCUGUUGUAGUCCAUGAUACAGCAGCAGCAUCAGCAAUAACUGGCGGCGACGACGGCGGCGGUGAUGGUGUUGGUUUGUCCGAUGGAUUAGACGAUGCAGAACGUGAUCAACGUGAAGCAUUCGAAUUGUUAGAUGCUGCUCUGCCACCAGCUGUAAUAACUACUGAAGGUACAUUAACUAGACGAAUGGCAAAAGCUGUGAAAAUGCCAAAUAAUAAUAAUAAUAAUGCUUCGGAACAACAACAUUCAAACGCUGUCAAUAAUCCUGUGAAUACAAACUGUGCUAUUGGUCAUGCUGCACCAUUUGCACAAAGACCAUUUGCACCAUUUUCACGUGCUGUUCAACAAUCUGGACUAUAUCCGAAUGGAUUAGCAUCAUCGCAUGAACCCGGUGCAUUAAACCGGUUAUCUUAUGGUGAAUUAGAACAGUUAUUGAUUUCAUUAACAAAUGAUUUAGAAACAGAAUUAAAAAAUUUAGCAGUUCGUUAUCGUCAUAAACGUCAACCAUUGCUGGAUGCAAUUGCUGAGAAGACAGCACAAGCAUCGUCGUCAUCGAUGAAAACCACACCUACAACCACAACGGUGGCUUCAAUGACGCAUGAAAACAGUGCACUGAAAUCUUGUCCUAUGUCACAAUGUUAAUAAUAUUUCCUGAAAUUUACAUUAAUUAGUCUCAUCAGUUAAAAUUAUAAAUUCAAUUUCUUUUAUUAUUUCAUUUUUGCAUGUCACCAUCAACUCCUAUCUAUCUCCUCUUCAGCGCAUGCCUCUCACUCACUCUUUCUCUCAUUUCAAGUAUACUUUAUUUGGUUUUUCGGUUGUUAUCAAUGAUGACUGCUGUUUUUUCUUGGAAAAUAAGCUUGUAUUUUCUCUAUGAUGAUGAUGAAUUAUGCGUAAAACCCAAAAAACGCAUUAUUUCUUAGUUUAAUUCAUUAAUAAUAAUAAUAAUAAUAAUAAUAAUAA